AUGCUCCCACCACCUGCAAUUCCAUUGUCAGGAACAGCCUCGGAAACGGGGCGAGCGACAGGCGAUAUUGAUUUGGGACUCGGCGCUGUUGGUUCAGGCGGCGCUCUCUUGUGCAUGGCAGCCCCACCCACAACGGCCUGGCCGCCCCAUCCAAGUGCCAUCUCUCCCACGGCACAGUGUUUUGGAUGGGUCACAGGCCGGCCCCGGCUUUGGGCGUGGCCCGCCGACGUAGCCCCUCGCACUCCCCAAAGUUGGGACUUGCAGGCGAAGGACCCCAGCAAGCGCCACGGUGGGGACCGCUCCCAACGGCACUGUGUGCCAACUCCGCUCGCCGGCCGUGUGAUUCACCUGCUAUCUCCUCAUGCAACCAACCCAUUCGCUGGCGAGCAAACGGCCCAGGUUAGGCAGCGCUACAACAAAACCUCCACGCCGCCGUCCCGCCACCAUCCCGCCAGCGCCCGACCCCUCUAA